UUAGCCGCGCCUGGGCGCGCGGAACAGGUGUGGCGGCGCUGAACUACAACGCAGUGCAUCUCGGGAGGCCUGCUCGAGGCUUUGUGGGAGGCGACAGGACUCGCCCACCCAUGCCCGGCUGCGAGCUGCCCGUGGGCACGUGCCCGGACAUGUGCCCGGCCGCCGAGCGCGCCCAGCGCGAAAAGGAGCGCCGCCUGCACCGCUUCGAGGUGGCGCCGGGGUGUCGCGGGGACCGGCCCCGUGCCGACCCGCAGCGCGCGGUGAAGGAGUACAGCCGGCCGGCCGCCGGCAAGGCCCGGCCCCCGCCGAGCCAGCUGCGGCCGCCGUCCGUGCUGCUGGCCACCGUGCGCUACCUGGCUGGCCAGGUGGCCGAGCGCGCCGACGCAUCCCGCGCAGAGGUGGCCAGCUUCGUGGCGGACCGGUUGCGCGCCGUGCGGCUGGACCUGGCCCUGCAGGGCGCAGGCGACGCUGAGGCAGCGGUGGUGCUAGAGACGGCUUUGGCCGUGCUGCUGGCCGUGGUGGCGCGGCUCGGGCCGGACGCAGCGCGCGGGCCUGCGGACCCGGUGCUCCUGCAGGCCCAGGUGCAGGAGGGCUUCGGUUCGCUGCGCCGCUGCUACGCUCAGGGCGCCGGGCCGCACCCCCGCCAGGCCGCCUUCCAGGGCCUCUUUCUGCUCUACAACCUGGGCUCGGUGGAGGCCCUUCACGAGGUGCUGCAGCUGCCUGCUGCCCUGCGUGCCUGCCCGGCCCUGCGCACGGCCCUGGCAGUCGACUCGGCCUUCCGAGAAGGCAACACCGCCCGCCUGUUCCGCCUGCUCCGGAGCCUGCCCUACCUGCAGAGCUGCGCCGUGCGGUGCCACGUGGGCCGUGCCCGCCGCGGAGCCCUGGCCCGCCUCGCUCGUGCCCUGAGCACCCCCAAGGGCCAGACCUUGCCCCUGGGCUUCAUAGUCCACCUUCUGGCUCUGGAUGGGGCCGAGGAGGCCCGGGACCUGUGCCAGGCCCACGGACUGCCCUUGGACGGACAGGAGAGAGUUGUGUUCCUGAGGGGUCGCUACACUGAGGAGGGGCUGCCACCCGCUGGGACCUGCAGAGUGUUGGUGGGGAGCAAACUCGGAGGGCGCACCCUGGAGGAGGUGGUGAUGGCAGAGGAGGAGGAUGAGGGUGUGGAGAGACCCAAGUCCCCAGCGUGAGGAGGGGCUGUUCAGUCUCCCAGAGCCCAGGACUCGGUGUGAGCACUCAGGUUUCUUUUUUCAUGAUUCCCACCCAAUAAAAGGAACUUGCUUUGUAGGGACAA